AUGCGAAGACAGGUUGAUCUGGCUCUUGGAGAAAAAUGGUUGUUUCUCUGUGAAAUCCGCUUACAGGAAAAUGAAACUCCAUCUCAUGUUUUGAUGGAGUGUAAUCUGGCUCGAGCUGUAUGGUUCUCCAUUACUGGUUGGUCUGCAGAUGAUACUAUUCCCUUCUCAGUUUGGACACAGAGCUGGUUUGAUGACCUUCAUGCUAAGAGAAUAACUAUAAAUGAAAUCUGUAGAAGAGCUAUCAUAACAUGGUGUUUAUGGUAUGAUCGUUGUGACAAAGCCUUCCAAAAUUCUAAUCCUAAUCUAGAAAGGACUAUUCUAAGGGCUCGUAGUUUCAUUAGUGAUCACCUAAAACAAUAUACUACACAACACGUCUCACCAUCUAGGGUUUGUCGUUCUAAUAUACACUGGACACCACCUCCUCUUGAUGUUGUGACCAUUAAUAUUGAUGGUUCUUUUUCAUAUUUAAACAAUAUUGGAGGCAUUGGACUAAUGUGUCGUAACUUUGCAAGUGAACAGCAGGCAGCAGAAUGCAUCUACUUGAUGGAGAUAAGGAAUGCAUCUCAAGCGGAAUGUAUGGGUUUGUGGGAGGCUGUAAACUUGGCAGAAAGAUUAAAGCUGGAGAAAGUAUACUUUCAACUUGAUGCAAAGGUUGUUGUGGAAGCAGUCAAUAACAAUACUUCCAUCGAUUGGCAAUUACUCAAUUUAGUAAAAGAUAUUCAAAGUUUUUUUGGUAGAUUUCUCUUUUGGAAAUGUUCCUACAUUUCAAAAGAAGGUAAUAAGGUCGCAGAUACCCUCUCUAAACUAGCUAGAGAUAAUGCUUUAUCAGUUGCUUGGUCUGGUUUCUCUCCUGUUGAAAUUAGAUCUCAACUUAGUCGAGACAAAACUUAUGUACUGAACUAA